AUGGGAGAACAAAUGAAUGCUGUUUACGCGACUGAUGAAUAUGGACGCCCCUUCAUCAUCGUAAGGGAGCAACAGAGAAAGAGUCGUCUUAGCGGGAUCGAAGCGAUCAAGUCACAUAUUUUAGCAGCUAAAACCGUUGCUAAUAUAAUUAAGACUUCCUUGGGUCCUAGAGGUCUUGACAAAAUUUUGAUAUCUUCUGAUGGUGAUAUUACGGUAACUAAUGAUGGGGCCACGAUUUUAACUCAAAUGGAAGUGGAACAUCAAAUAGCCAAAUUAUUAGUUCAAUUAUCUAAAUCACAAGAUGAUGAAAUUGGGGAUGGGACAACUGUCCUUGCUGGUGCUCUUCUUGAACAAUGCGAAAAUCUCUUAGAUCGUGGAAUUCAUCCGAUCAGAAUUUCUGAUGGAUUUGAGAGAGCAUGCAAGAUUGCUGUAGAACAUUUAGAUAGCAUUUCUGACGUGGUGGAAUUUACUAAGGACAAUACAGAAAAUUUACUUAAAACAGCUAAGACAAGUUUAGGAAGUAAAAUUGUUUCUAAACAUCACGAUCAAUUUUCCAAAAUUGCCGUGGACGCUGUUUUGUCUGUGGCUGAUUUGGAGCGCAAAGAUGUUGAUUUUGAACUUAUCAAAGUUGAUGGCAAAGUUGGAGGAUCACUUGCUGACACAAUUCUCGUACAGGGAGUUGUUGUAGAUAAGGAUAUGUCACAUCCACAAAUGCCGCGUGAGAUUCGAGAUGCCAAAAUAGCAAUAUUGACAUGUCCAUUUGAACCCCCAAAACCAAAAACCAAACAUAAAUUGGACAUUACUUCAGUAGAGGAAUAUAAAAAAUUACAGAGUUAUGAAAUAGAAAAAUUUGAAGAAAUGAUCAAACGCGUCAAAGAUGCUGGUACUAAUUUAGUUAUUUGUCAAUGGGGAUUUGACGAUGAGGCCAAUCAUUUGCUGAUGCAAAAUCAGUUGCCAGCCGUCCGAUGGGUUGGAGGUCCAGAGAUUGAGUUGAUAGCCAUUGCUACAAAUGGUCGCAUAGUACCACGUUUCGAAGAUUUAUCUCCUGAAAAACUUGGUACUGCUGGACUUGUACGUGAAAUUUCUUUUGGAACCACAAAAGAUCGAAUGCUUGUCAUCGAGGAAUGUUCAAAUACUCGAGCAGUCACUGUAUUUGCUCGUGUUCGUAACCUCGUUCGUGACAAUCGGGUUGUAUAUGGAGGUGGUGCUGCUGAAAUUAGUUGUUCACUUGCUGUUUCUAAAGCUGCAGAUCAGAUAUCAUCAAUUGAACAACAUGCCGUACGUGCGUUCGCUUAUGCUUUAGACGCAACACCAUUGGCACUUGCUGAAAAUUCAGGAUUCUCUCCUAUAGAAACUUUGGCAGAUAUAAAAUCACGACAAGUGACCGAGAAUAAUAGUAAACUCGGCAUUGACUGCAUGUAUACGGGGUCUAAUGAUAUGAAAGAAAAAUUCGUUUAUGACCCACUUAUAUCCAAAAGGCAACAAUUUUUGCUGGCCACACAACUCGUUAAGAUGAUUCUCAAAAUAGACGAUGUAAUUACUUCCGGAGCAACCGAAUAG